AUGUCGGGGGUCGGCCUGGAGGAGAAGGUUGGCAUGGCUGCGGGGGCGCUGCCAGCCGCAUGGCGGCCCAGUGGGUUGCGGGCUCAGGAGAUACUGGCCCUUGGAGCUUCGGCAGCGAGGCGCGCCGCGCGACUCAGGCGCCAGCAUGCCUGCGAGGCUGCCCUCCGCAAGCUCCAAGCGGACGGCCUGGUGGCGCCAGGCUCAUGGCGCGACCGCGAGCUCGCGGCGAGACCUGCGCUGAUGCUGCUCGCCGAGGGCCUGCCAGUUCCAGGUGGCCGCCGCCGCCGGACCUGGCCUGGGCUGCCGCGGGGCCCCGACGGCGACAGCGGCAGCCUCGAGGGACCACAGGCCGACGCGGAGGUCAUCCAGGGCAUCGUGGAGGAGAGCUCCGAGUCCAUCGUGCAGCUGGACCUCGAGCGCCAGGACUCCGUGCAGAACCCGAUCGAGUACUUGGAGUGGGUCGCCCUUCCCGCCGCGGCCCUGAAGCGGACGAGGGCGGCGUCGGCGUGCGAGCAGCCCUUCGUGCAGCUGGCCGUGAAGCUCGCGCAGGACGGGUCGGUGAAGGUGGGACUCCGCAGGCUCUGCUCGAAGGGGCACGUGCUGGACAGGGACUCAAAUCCGUUCGACGACCCGCUGCCCUGCGCCGCCUGCGGCAUCAUGAUUCCCGUAGAUGGC